CCGUAUGUCGAUUUUUUGUGAUUAUUUCUGUAGAUUUAUGUUUUUUAUUGAUUUGGAUUCAUCAGGAAUCCUUUGUCCCUUGAACAAAUCUAGAACAGCUACAUCUGAAGCCAAGAACAUCAUCCACAAGUUCGAUAAUGGAGACCAACAACCCUCAAGUCUGCAACUCCCAAACGCAGAAAAGCAAAACAAUUCCAGUCAUAUAUUUCACCACAGAAAACCUAAAUCUUGGCACAAGUUCUUGGCUCUCUACUUGCAAAGCUGUGAGGGAAGCGUUGGAGGAGUUUAGCUGUUUCAUUGCAGUUUAUGACAAGGCUGAAUCUGAGUGCAAAAUUGAUGUUUUUGCAUCGCUGAAGGAGUUCUUUAAUCUUCCCAUGGAGACAAAAUUGCUUAACGUUCACCCUGAUAAGAAUGCAUUUGGUUAUUUUGGACCAAAACCUGAUUUCCCUCUUCUUGAAGCCAUCUCUAUUGAAGAUUCAACAACUAUUGAAGCGGUUCAAAGAUUUGCCAAUCUCGCCUGGCCAUCUGGAAAUGAUCAUUUUUGUGAAACAAUAUGCGCCUGCACAAGACAACUAUCAGAGGUGAACAGGAUGGUGAGCAAAAUGAUCUUUGAAAGCUAUGGUGUUGGUAGGUACAGUGAUUCUCACAUAGAAUCAACAUCUUAUCUCUUCAGAGCCAAUGCUUAUAGAGUUCCCCAAGAGAAGGAGCCAAAUCUUGGAAUCUCUCCUCAUACUGACACAAGUUUUGUGAGCGUUCUUAAGCAAGAUAGUGUACAAGGGUUGCAGGUUCAAUCAAAAGAUGGUACAUGGAUUCCUGUUGAUUUCCCACCAUCUUCCUUUGCAAUCAUGGCAGGUGAUGCCAUGCUGGCAUGGAGCAAUGGCAGAGUACGACCUUGUUUCCACAGAGUUAUGGUGACAGAGAAAGCAAGAACCUCUAUUGGGUUGUUCUCCUUCCACACUGGAAUUGUUCAAGUACCAAAAGAGCUUGUUGAUGACAACUACCCAUCACAAUUUACUUCUUUUGAUCAUUGGGGCUUAUUAAAAUUCCGUUCGAAAAAUCCGGCUUUAUCUUCUAGUGAAAGAGUGAAAGCCUAUUGUGGUAGAAAGGAUAUAUGAUGAAGUAUUGUUGGUUACCAAAAGCAACUGCAUUUGAAAAUUUUUUUAAGACAAAUUCUCAAUUGUUUCA